AUGGACUGGGUGCCGCAGUCCCACACCACCGUCGUCGCGGCGCGGCGGCCGGACGGGCUCGGGUUCUGCGCGGAGCUGCUGGACCUUCGGUCGCCCGGGAUCAGCCUGCGCUACCUGGGCGCGCCGCCGGGGAUGCUGGGGACGUUGUGUUGCUAUGGGCGGGGGUCGCGGGGCGGGGGGCGGGGGGGGCUGCGCGGCGAGGUCCCGACGCUGGGGAUGUGCUACAGCGAGCACGUCGCCUGCAGCGCAUCGCAGUGGUACGUCGCGACGACGGGAUCGCAGCACGACCACGAUAUCGUCCAGCUUUGGGAUCUCCGCAUGUGUACCGUGCCGCUUUCGCAAAAAGUCUGCGGCCGGAUGGGCUAUACCUCCCUGUGUUGGAGUACAGAGGAGCCCCUGACGGUCAUCGUGACGACGCGCGCGGGCGGGCUCUGUGUGUACUCUUUCUCAGACGAUUCAAGGAACGAACCACAGGAUGAUGACUUACACGAGCGCUUUUCGGGUCGAGGGAAUGCCGACACACCAGAAGUCGCCACCGUCCACGACAGAAAUGCCAGAAUAAACCUGCACUCCGCACUAACGGACGGGGGUGAGACCGAGGACGACGGGUGCACCAACCCCUCUUCACGUGACGCACCAUCACAACGCCACUUAUCACGACACGACACCCAGCCAGUCCAGACUAGAUUUUCAUGGUCUAAUACUGAGAGAGAUCAGGGAACCAUAAAGUUCUUGGAUCCCAAUAGCUCUCUUCCUCCAUCUGAUCAUGCGUUUUGCAACUGGGGUGUUUUGGCCGAGUGUGGCACUAUCAACGACAGCGAUUCAGACGACCUAGAGAGGGGGUCAUUCUCCUUCCCGCACGCAACAGGUGCGACGAGCGUGGACGGGAGGGCGAGGGAGAAGAGGCGCUCACCAUUUUUUUGGUCAUCCCCGGGGGCGAAUCAGGAUGAUACCUCAGCCUCAGGUCCCGGACGUCAGAAGCCGUUAUCAUCUAGAAAAUGUCAUUUGCCCACGCGGGUUCCGACAGCGGCGGUGGCAUGGUUGGCAGCGGCCUCUGUCCACAGUCGCUCAGCCACUCCUAACGCGGCCGAGGCUGGCAGAUUGAACCGACCGAACGAGAACCGACAUCUCAUUCAGCCCAGUUGCUGCACUGACUUGCCAAGACUCUUAUUGCUUAAUAGCGAAAAUGGUGAGUUGUAUACACAGGUAUUUAAUCGCAAAGGGACGAUAAUAAGUAUGUUUGGAGAUGUCCCAUUUGCCGCCGCGGGGCCGAACCUCUUUGCGUUUGAAUACAUCGAUCGAUUUCAUCGCACCGAGUUGCUGCGCCAGGAAAAGCUUCUUUGUUAUUUGCAGCACCACGAACAGGUCAAAACGUUUGGAUCUGCACCAGGGUUAAAUUCUUUGUGGAAUGUGGCGCUAUCUGCCACUGAGUCUCAUCAGAAGGGUGUCGGUGGUGAGGCUACAGGUGGGACCACAAAGUUGCAUCCACCGGGUGUUGGAAGUAAUCGUUUUGCGGAUAAAAUUGACCAAACAGGGCAAGGUGAACGACAUAGGGCUCACCUUGGAAUAUUACAUGAUGACUUCUCAGGAUUACUCGACAAUGAUGACGACGACGACGAUGACCAUGACGACGAGGAUGGGAAUAAAGACGCUUUAGACCGAAUAAUGCCGGUUUCAGGCCUUGGCACCAGCACCGCCUCGAGUUCCACGGAUUCACAGGACGGGACUACAGGGAAUCCUUGCCACCCCCGCCUUCUGUCGAUUUGCGGUCAUGAGCACUACGAUGAAAGUGAUUACUGUAGCGUGGAUUCCAACAGCACCAGUAGUGAUAAAAUAAAGGAACGCCGGCACAGGGGCACAUCCUACGAAGCCCGACAGCCAUUCAAAGCUCCUCGAGUUCCUCUGCGGCAUAUGGUGGGUGGGAGUUGCGCGAUCGAUCGCAACAGCCUCGCCCUUGGACGGCUCUCUAUCGGCUUCUUGGCUGAUCCAUACAAAAACAUGAUGGCCCUCUUGCAAGAAGGGAUCGAUCGUGAAGCUUACAUCGUGUUUCGCUACGGGCUUAUCAUGGCGGAGCAUCUUUAUGGAAGUGCCGAUGGCGGUCAAAAGGUCUCACCGGAUUCCCCUGCCGUUGUGGUUCCCAUUUCGCAGGCGGUGCCUGGAUUUUUGCAACUUUUGGCUGCUGAACGCGAACAGCGAAAGCGACUGGGCUACGCCGACAUUCCUUUCUCCGCAGAGGACUUUCCCCAAACAAAAGGAGGGGCUUCUGCCGGUGGCGUGGCGGAAGCGCGUCUGAGCUCCGUGAAUGUGGCCACCACGAAUGUGCCGGUGCUUUUUGUGCGGAAUGUUGUGGGGUUACCGGGGCAUUUGUCGUCCAACCCUCCUCUUUUGUCGCCUAUGAUUCCGCAUAUGGCGUCGGAUGAGGGUCUGGACGCGCGGCAGUCGACGCAUGAGCCGUGCGCCGCGAUCGGUUCGUUGCGGGAGUUGAUGCUGCGGGCGAUGGGCUGGUUGGGGUGGUCUACGGAUUCAGCCUCCAAGGCGGAGGCAGGUGCGGCUGUUAAAAAGAGAGAACCUAAAGGGUUCCCUACUCCCCUGACCUUGUCAUCCUCUGUACGCAAGAAGCAAUAUCGCCACGACGGUCCCACCUCGCAUGAUAUUUCUGACGAUGGUGAUACCACCAUAUUGCCCUCCUCCAAGCCUCAACGAGGCGAUGUUCAAUUGUAUUUCAUAGAGAGUGACGGUAUCGGCCUCAGCAGUCUUCAGGAAACAAUUGAGCGUCGUGUGGCCGUGCUGGUGCUUCUCGAGCGUUUUGAAGAGGCAUCCGAGUUGCUGGCGUUCUAUGCCUCCUUCCACCAGCUUUACCCCAAUAUUGCCCUGGAGCUUUCGGCCGCCGGGACUGAGCUUUCCGUCCCUCACGCGAGUUUCCAUCCCCGGCGGAGGGCGUGUGGGCUGAAAAGGCAGUUGGCGUCGGUGCGGUCGCGUACGAUGGGUUGUACGUAUUGGCUAUCACUGGCGCUUUUUUUUCUCGAUACGUUCGUGCGGCCCGCCCGCGCGAGCGGCGACGUCCCGGCUUCGCGACCCACAAAUCCGCGCAACGAAGAGGAUCCCGCGACGACGCGGCCCCCGACGGCGAAUAACCUAAAAUCAGUCUCGAAUGAGGCGCGGCGGCUCGAUUGCCUUGAGUAUUAUUUUCUGAUUCUCGAACUAUACCCACGGCUACCGCUAUCGGACGCACUGGCGCUUGGUGUUUUAAUGCUUUUGCCGCCCAAGUACACCACUGCCGACUUGGACCUUACUAUUCGGGCUCUACAGAUUCUGGUGGAUCAGCAGUACUACGACCUACCAUCGCAGGGUUCUGGAGCUGUGGAAGGGCUCGUUUAUGGGUCGAAAAGCCCCGUUGACAAGUUUUUAAGCGAAUAUUCCAGCCGCUGCUCAUUUUUGCUGACCGCCACGGUGGAGACGAUCACCCCGGAGAGCACCGCCCUGCAGCGCUACGUGGACGAGACCGCGGAGGUGCAGGGUCCGCUAUCCUACAUCACCGCCUUUGGCGAAACCCGCGGGAUGACGUAUUGUACCUGGCGGGAGGCCUACCGUGCGCAGCUAAAUGCUCGGGGCUAUGGCUUUAAACGCUGCGAGUAUGAUCUCAGCACCAUAAAGCUCCUCACCGCCCGCGGCGAGGCGGCGAGCUACGACGCCAACGACGGCCUGUUCAACGUCAGUGGGGAACGCAGCCUGAAGUUGCCGUUGGGCCUGCCCGGGAUCGCGGGGCUGGCGAAGCUCCCGGUCCCCGACCGCGCGCUGGACCGCCUGAUGAAGCAAACCUUCGGGACGCUGCGCUCGUCCGCCGCGCAGGUGGGGCGUCUGCCGGCCUACCCUUCCCUCCAACACGCGAGGGAUCCACGGCGGGGGGUGGAGCUGCGGUGCAAUUGCGGGCAGCCGAUGCACACCACCGCGCCCUCCAUCGGCCCGGUCACGCAGACGGCGCAGUUUCGCAAACACCCCAUGCCGUGCGGGAACUCGGAGUGCACGCAAGGGCAGACGCCGAUGUGCGUGGUGUGUGGGGAGCGAAUGGAGCCUCGGAUGACGGAGCUCCCGCCGGAGCGCUCGUUUGUGUGGUGUACGGUGUGCUUGCAUGGGGGGCACUGGUGCGAUAUGCAGGCGUGGUUUGCCAAGCACACCAAGUGCCCGGUGGAGAACUGCCCUUGCAAUUGUUGUGAUGGCAAAACGCUUUGA